ACCAACCCAAGCACACACACAGAUAAAGGAAAGAAGAUAGAAGCAAAAACACAAAGAAGAAGAGAAAGAGAAGCUAAUUAAGUAACUUCUACAGAUUCUUUCACUUUCUCUGACAAGGGUUUGGUUUUUUCUCGGGAAACAAACGCUAUCUUGGUAAAUGUUGCAGAGCUCCUUUUGUUGGAAAAGACAGUGUAUGUAUGAUUUCGCGAUAUCAUAAACGUGCAACUGAAUUCUGAAGUUUAGGAGUUUUUGUCGUUAGAAAAUUAGAAAUGGAGAAAAUAUGUGAAUUCUGCAAAGCAUUUAGGCCAGUUGUUUAUUGCAAGGCUGAUGCAGCACAUCUUUGUCUUUCCUGUGAUGCGAAGGUCCAUUCAGCUAACGCACUGUCCCACCGGCAUCUCAGAACCCUCCUUUGUGACUCAUGCAGAAACCAACCAGCUUAUAUUCAGUGUUCAGAUCAUCUAAUGCUUAUGUGCCAUGGAUGUGAUCAGAGUCUGCAUGAUGUUAAUUCCAAACAUCAGAAAAGGGCUAUCAGUAGUUACAUGGGAUGCCCUUCUGCUAAAGAUUUUGUGACACUGUGGGGUUUUGAGUUAAGGGAGUUGGAAAGUAGUGAUUUUCAGAAUCAGUUUCCUUCCACUUCAUGUGGUCCUUCGGAUCCAAGUGCAGAUAAUUUGGAUAUUUCAGGACAGUCUUCUCCACAAGUUAAAGGCUUUUCCAUUAAAUCUAAAGUGAGUUCUGCAACUUCAGUCUCAGGUGCAGAGCCUGAAACAGGAUCAAGCAGUCAAAGAAGUCAGAUACUUUGUGAAGGUGAACAGCAGCAAAACACUUCUGUUAUUCUGCGACAGAUUCUUGACUUGAAAAGACUUCACCUAACUGAGGGAAAUAGCCGUUUGCCUAUUAUGAGUCACCAAGAAGAAUGUGAAACUUCUUCAAUACAUUACCCUCCAAAGGAGCUUGAUGAAUCUCUUGAACAAGAUUUAAAGCAUCUUCAAUCCCAGGAUUUGGCUACUGAUCUUCAACAAAGUGAUGAUACAAUUCAAGAGCUGACAGUUGAUCGUUUGCUUUCACCAUAUUCCGAACUGGACCAUGUACCCUUGGCGCCAAGCACUGGGAUGCCGUUCAAUGGAGAAUCCUUUUGGCAAUGCAAAAGUCCAGUUCAAAGUAAUCAGUUGUGGUCUCAAAAUAUGCAGGACCUUGGGGUUUGUGAAGAUAUUUCAUGUAAUGGUGAAAUUGACAUACCUGAUGUCGAUGUGACAUUCCCAAACUUUGAAGAUCUAUUUGGUGGUGAUCAAGAUGCAACCCGAGCAAAGAUUGAUGAUAAAUAUGUAUCAUGCAUCUUCGGGAAGAAUCCGUCCAUUCAUAAAUCAGAUAAAGGCAAUGCAAGAGUAAUUGAGGAUGUCUCCAUGGCUUCAUCUGUUUAUAUCUCUCUCUCAGCUCAAAUGGACAAUGAUACCAAACAAAUUGAUAAUUAUCUGGGAAACAUUGAUUCUCCUCGUGCAAUUCAACCAUCUUAUUCAGCUUUGUCCUACUCUAUGUCAAGGUUCAGCAUUGAAAGCAGUGGUACUGAUUGUCUCAAUAGCAGACAGUCGCCUAAUACUGGAGGAGAAGCUUCAUGCUAUUCUCCUGACCUUGAGUGUGCCCAUUCAGAGGCCAGAGAAAAUGCAAUGAUGAGAUACAAACAGAAGAAGAAAACAAGAUUGCAUGAGAAUCAAAUUCGAUAUCCAUCUCGGAAAGCCAGAGCUGAUGUACGAAAGCGGGUAAAGGGCAGAUUUGUAAAGACAGAAGACUGUGAUUCGGAUACCGCCUGAAGCUAUUGAACUUUGUGUGCCUUGGUUCUGUACAUAUAUAUCUGUUCAAAAUUGGAAUUGGCAUUCGGCACCCUGUUACCCUCUUGUUAACAUUUCAAUUCAACCAAUUCUUUCAAGUUGUCUUGUAUAGUUUUUGGUUCUGAUCCAAGAGCUGAGUUUGUAAUAUGUAACUUUCUAUCUUGUAAUCUUACUCCACUUUUCUCCAACAAUUGAGUACCAUUUCUGAAACAUUUAUGGAGAAAUAUGCACUUCUUGCA